AUGGAAAACUGUGCUCAUCCAUUAAUUGGUCAGUUACAGCCUAUUUUCAGCGAGCUACAAUCGAGCACAGUUGCCACACUUCAGUCUGUUAUAUUAAAACUGAAAUACAUCAUUGAAGACGAGGGUUAUAAUUUCUUUCGAGGCGGUGGAGGUAAUCAAUAUGGGGCAUCCAAUGCAGGAGUUCCUAACUGGAUUAACGCCCAAGUAAAGGAAUUAUUUAGUAAAUCUUCUACUCAACUCGCAGGAGUUCUAUGUGCGAAGGCCUUACUGGAUGUUGAAUACAUGGCGGCUAAUGGAUCAACUCAAUUUUUUCUAGAGUUGUUGGAAAGUUCAGUAAAAGCAAACGAUCAUGUGGUAUCUGAAAAGGCAGCUGAAGUAUGGGGUCUUCUUCUUAAGAAUAGUGGUAGUUUUGCAGAGAGAACUGCUGAUUUGCGUCUUAAAAGUUGCAUUAGCGACCUUAAAGAAGGAAAAAGUACGGUGGAUAAGGUUUCCUCUUGUUUAUUUCUCCAUCAACUUUUAAUACACACACCAUCAGCUUUUGUACCGUAUUCAGAUAUUGUUAUUGAGAGACUUCAUAUGGUGUUGCAUGAUCCAUCAGAACGUGUACGGGAAAGUGCUGCAGACGCUUUACAACAUGCACUUUCCGUAAUGAAUACAUCUGGAGAUGCAAAUAAUAUUAAAAAAUGUCAAGAGUUUUUCUUGACAGAUUCUUUACGAAUAUUAGACUCUAAAAAAAGAGAAGAACAACAUGGAGGAAUAAAAUGUUUUAAUGCUAUACUUACUUCUAUUACAAGGGAAUCAGCAUCCUAUGGUCCUAGAGUAUCCCUUUCCUCUUCUUCUUUGCGUUGUAUAAAUGAAAUUUGGCAAUUUGUGAAUAUACAUAUAUCCGAACCGAAUACUCCUCCUGAUAUUAGGCGAGAACUUAUGGAUUCCCUUAUUCUACUCGCAGCAUAUGAUCCUAUAACUUUUAAAGAACGUUCCAUUCGAGAAGUUUUGGCAACCGCAUCUGUUGUAUUUCGAUCGACAUCAAGUUAUGAUGAGAAGGCUAUGAUGUUUUUAGGAGUUGGAAAACUUUCAGCAAUAUUAAAAGAUCAUGUUAAAAUAUUUUUAGAUCAUAUGAUGCCUUAUAUUGAAGAAGGACUUACUAGAAAUAAUAAAGGUGAUCGUUGUUUAGAAGCUGUAACAUGCUUUGCCACCUUUGCAGAAGUAAAUCCUGCCGCCGUACGGCCAUAUCUUCGACAAAUUUUAGCUUCUCUUUUCUCUGGUCCACCUACAGUUGGAUUUGCAAAAGAUAUUGCACGGAUAUGUGCGGCUUUUCCAGAAUUACGAUCAACAUGUCUUUCAAAAAUGUUGGAAUCCACAAAGGCACAAUUACUUCACACUUAUCAUCGUCUUUCCCAUGGUGUAAGUGAGUAUGAUGCGGAAGCGGGAUUUCCUUUACAAAGUUUAAGAGCUUUAAGUACAUUGGAUUUUAGGGGAUACUCUACUCUACCAUUUCUUUGCGAUGCCGUUAUUCGUUAUGUUUCUUUUCCACAUGAGGAAUUACGUCGAGCGGCAAUUAAUCUUUGCUUUAAACUUGUUCUUUCUGGUUGUAUGGGUCCACAAUCACCGUGUAAGUGGACACAAGAGGGUGUUGUACUUCAUCAUGGUCGUGAUCAUACACGACUUAUUAAUACCGUAAUAGAAAAACUUGUAAACGCUGCUGUUUCAGAUCCAGAAAGUGAUAUACGUUUACAUACAUUGGAAAGUUUUACAGAAGAAUUAGAUCACACAUUAGCCCUUCAAGAAGUUGUGAGUUCUUUAUUUCCAGCUUUAUAUGAUAAACAUCAGAAUCGAUUAGCCGUUGCACGACUGUUAGGUCGUGUCUCUCGUAGGAAUCCUGCUCAUAUAUAUCCCAUGAUGAGAAAAAUUAUGGUCCAAUGUGUAACGGAGAUCCAAUUCUUUGAACACCCUAAAAAACAAGAACAAGCCUUUUCUAUUUUAGGAGCUAUUAUAGAAUCUGCACCUGGAUUGGGUAAACCAUACGUAUCAUCUCUACUUAAGAGUUGUGUUGUGCGAUUACAUGAAUCCUCACAACAACCGGCUGUGUUAACGGCACUUCUCUCAUGUGUUGGAAAACUUGUUCGAUAUGCAGAAGGGGAUGAUGUUCGUGUUGCCGCUAGUAUACGUCCAACCGUUGUACAACACAUUUUAGAUUCAUCCCAUUUACCAAAAAAACGAGAAGCUUUGCGAACACUUGGGGAUAUUGUUCGAGCCACUAGAGAUGUUAACGUUUUUGAAGAUCAUCCAGAACUUCUUUCUGUACUUCUUCAAGCUCUUCAUGGUGGUUUUAAAGAAGCCUGGCCUGUUCGAAAUGAUGUUCUCCAACUUAUGGGAAUUAUUGGUGCUGUUGAUCCUAUUCGAGUAAAAGAGAUUCAUCGUAAAUCAAGAGUUAGUGAUAUUGGUAAAGAAGUAAUGCCAUUUUUUGGAUUUCGUGGAGAAGAUUCAAUUGCUCAGACAGUUGUAAAUAACGUAUUACAUAUUCUUUCUUUACCUUCUUUAACAGAUGAUCAGAGUGUACGUGCAGUACGAGUUGUUGUAAACAUUCUUUCAUUAAAGGAACUCUCGCCUAAUUGUCUUGUGACAAGUUAUGCUAGUAUCAUUUCAUCAAUCUUAAAACAAGUACGUAUACAAGUACGAAAACGUGAGGAAAUCUUGAAGUUACUUACUUCACUUGUUUCUCAUAUAAAGGAUUAUGUACGACCACAUCUUGAUGAGCUCACUUCAACCGUUGCAACUUUUAUAUCGACUUCUGAUAUCUCUGUUCUUACUGAAGUUCUUGCUUUACUAAAACAGAUAAGAAGAUCUAUUCGAGAAGAAUUUAGACCAUACUUGUCCUCUCUUCUUGUUCCAAUUUUAAAUGUUGUGGAAGAGAAUCCACAAGCAACGAGUGAAAAAGUUUUUGAUUUUUUCGCUGCGAUGGGAUCACUUUUGGAGGAUCAUUUACACAAUGUUUUACCAGUAGUGUGUAAUGUUAUUGUAAACACUUCAUUUUCAGUUACAUCUAGGAAAGACGCUAUAUCUACACUUAUAAGUUUCGCAAAACAACUUUCUAAUCUUAAUUCUCAUGCCUCUCGCUGUAUUCACUGUCUUUGUCGUGUUUUGAAAGAAAAAGAUGGUAUUAAGUUAGAAAAUGAAGAUUCCCUUGGUGAUAUUGCUUUAACAGCUCUUUGUGCUAUUGCCCAAAAUUUAGGAAAACGAUUUGAAAUGUACACCCCAAUGGUUUUUCCUGUUGUGGCUAGUUACUAUGGAGGAAUGGGUGAUAAGUAUAAGCAAUUCUGUAGUAUUUUAUGGGAAAUUAUUAGCAUGAGGAAACAUCCAGAGGUAUGUGGAUAUCAGAAUGAUAAUAGUGCAAUACGAUCUUCUCUUUCUCAUCUUGAUAAUAAUAAUAAUAAUAAUAAUAAUAAUAAUAAUAAUAAUACUAAUACUAAUACUAAUACUAAUACUACUACUACUACUACUACUACUACUACUACUAAUAAUAAUAAUAAUAAUAAUAAUAAUAAUACUACAGAGUUUGAUUGGAAUGGUUCUUUUGGUGCUUCUGAUGCUGUUGUUCGUUUGCAUAUUACCUUACCAAAACUGGACGGAUCAAAUGAAGAAGAUUGGAAUCACUGGCUACUACGACUUGCAGUCAGUUUACUGCGAUCAAGUCCUUCACCUUCGCAUCGAUGUGCAUUAGCUCUUGCUGAGUUACAUGAACCUUUUGCACGACAGAUGUUACACUCUGCAUUUGCUACUUGUUAUGCUAAAGUGGAUGAGAAUACCAGACGUGAAGUUGUUGUUUUGUUAAAUAAAGUUCUACGUGGACCACGGGUACCAUCGGAAGUAUUACAGGAACUUUUAAACUUAUCAGAGUAUAUGGAACGUCUUGAAAUUCGUCUUAGAGCACAUGGUAAAGAAGAUGGAAUAAAUUCUUCUAAUUUGAGACUUUUUGACCUUUCAACAUUAAUGGAAAGUAGUGAAAAAUGUAAUUUAUACUCUAAGGCUCUUCAUUACGUGGAAAUUGAAUUUUUUGAAACCAUUAGAGACUAUGAACGUAGUGUACUUCGUGGAAUUCCUAAACAGCUUCCUAAUGAGACACGAAAAAGUCUUUUACAUCUUUGUGAAAAAAGUAUUUAUUUAUGUAGUCUUUUAGGACAACGAGAAAGUGCUAAUGGAGUAUUAAAAUUUAUUCAACAAAACUUUUCAAUGCUUACAGGACAAAAAGUAACAGAACUUUCUCAAAUGAUGGAUGCCCAACUCUUUGACAAAUUACAAUGGUGGUCACAAAGUCGUAUGGCAUAUGAAAGACGUCUUCAACAGGAACCAAAUGAAGUUUCUAAUAUGGUAGGGUUAAUGAAAGCAUUAGAUGCCUUGGGAUGUUAUCCUCAAGUACUUGAUAUGUGGAAAAUAUUUAUUUCACGAGUAAGCAAAAAAGAUGUUAGUGAAUUAGCUCCUAUGGGGGCUCAUGCUGCGUGGCUUAUGAGACGUUGGGAGGAUAUGGAACAAAUUACUACUUUUAUGACGGAAGAAGGAUACAUUGGAACAACUGCGGUUUUCUACAAGGCAGUACUUGCAACAUGGAAGAAAGAUUCUCGUGAAGCCGAUAGACUUAUUAAAUUAUGCCGUAAACGCUUAGAUUCUGUAUUUUCAGCUCUUGUGGCUGAAAGUUAUGAUCGAGCCUAUGGUCUUUUUAUUGGUAUACAACAACUUAGUGAACUGGAAGAACUUUCACUGGCGGCACGUAAUCCACAAAGUGUUAGUCAUUGGCAAGAGUUGUGGGAAAAACGACUCCAGACAAUGGCAUAUGAUGGAUGGCCUGGUACGUUAGCUGAUCAUACAUUAAUGAUUCCACCUUCACAGGAAUUGGAUAUGUGGCUUCGUUUUGUUAGCCUUAGUCGAACAAAUGGUCGAGAACGUGUUUCAGAUGAAGUUUUAUGUGAACUUUUAGGGAAUCAAUCUAUUGAAUCUGCAAUUGAAAAUAAAAUUCCACAACCUGCAAUUGCUUUAGGAGCUUUUCAGCAUCUCUAUGAAACAAAUCAAAAAGAACGAGCUAUUGAAUUGUUAGAACAGUAUGUUGAAAAAAUUGAACAAGUAAAUAUGCAGCUUGUUAAUCGUGAUCGAGAAGAUUUAGCUCUUUGUCAUGCCAAACUAGCGGAGUGGUUGGCUCAUCGUAAGAAAACUCAGUAUUCAAUGAAAUCAUGGCAAAAUAUUAUGCGUCAUUUACAUUGUGCUACAGAGUUAGAUAGCAAAAAUGGAACCAUUUGGCAUACUUGGGCUCGUUUACAUCAUGAAGAUGCUAUGAAAGUUUUACCUGGAAAAUCUACCCCUGAUAUUGAAAAUAUUUUAUGUGCUAUUAAUGGAUACCUUCGAAGUGUAUUUCUUUCUCAGGAAUUAGAAGACACUCUUGGAUUUCUCUCACUUUGGUUUGCCUAUGGUUCAGUACCAACUAUACAAGGAAAUUCUAGUAUCAAGACUGGAAUUCAACAAGUUAACCCAACCGUGUGGCUUAAAGUAAUACCUCAAAUUAUUGCUCGUAUCUACUCUCGUGAUACACCUGUAGCGGAAUCAGUCUGUCUUCUAUUAUUUAUUAUAGCAAAAGCUCACCCACAGGCUAUUCUAUAUAGUUUGAAUGUUGCCAAUACAAGUCAUCAAGGAAAGAAUUCUGGUGAAAAUGUUGAACGACAAAAAGGAACUCAGCGUGUACUUGCACGAAUUACAGAAUCUCAUCACAAUGGGAAGGCAAUGGUUCAUGAUGCUGCCCUAGCUUGUAGAGAACUAGUAAGAUGCGCUGUAUUAUGGCCAGAAUUGUGGAUAGAUGAACUAGAAAAGGCAUGGUUUCAAUGGGAAAAAGACAAAGAUGCACGUAAUGUUAUUCUUUCAUUAAGACCUUUACUGACACAAUUAGAAACCCCAGAAACUAUGGCAGAAUCACACUUUUCAGAUGAAUUUGGAGAACUUCUUGGAGAAGCUUUUGACUGUGUUGAAAAAGCUAUAUCAUCGGGACGAGAAAGUUAUAUGGAAGAAGCAUGGAGUAGGUUCCGAGCAGGAGCUAAGAGGAUGGGAGAACAGAUUAAAGGUAUGUCAUCACUAGCUUUACAAUUGGUAAGCCCGCGAUUGUUGCAAAAUGGGAAAGAUUUAUCCCUAGUUGUACCUGGACAAUACAAGGAAAAUGGAAACUAUCCAGGAAUCGCUUACUUCCAAAGCGUAUUAAAAGUAAUGAAUUCAAAACAGCGUCCGAGACGUAUUUUUAUUAAUGGCUCAGAUGGAGUUUUAUACAAGUUUUUAUUAAAAGGUCAUGAAGACCUCCGUUUAGAUGAACGAGUAAUGCAGUUACUAGGUUUUGCAAAUACUAUUUUAGAGAAACACUCAGUAACAAAACGUUAUGAAUGUCUUAUUCAAAACUAUUCUGUUACACCACUUAGUGAUAAUGCUGGUCUUGUAGGAUGGGUAGAUCAUUGUGACACUUUACAUCAAAUUAUCAAAGAGUAUCGGGUUCAUUCUAAAUAUCUAAGCACAGAACUUAACCUUAUGCGAAGUAUGUAUGAUGAUUUGCAUCAUCUUACGGUUAUUCAGCAUGUAGAACCUUUUGAGUUUGCAUUAGAGAAUACUGAAGGUGCAGAUCUUGUUCGUUCCUUAUGGAUGAAGGCUCCUAGUGCAGAAACAUGGCUGGAAAGACGAACAACAUAUGUUUGUUCUCUAGCUACUAUGUCAAUGGUAGGUCAUAUUUUAGGACUGGGUGAUCGUCAUCCAUCAAAUCUUAUGAUUCAUGCAUUCAGUGGUAGGGUAGUUCAUAUUGACUUUGGUGACUGCUUUGAAGUUGCACAAAAUAGAAGCACUUUCCCUGAAAAGGUACCCUUCCGCCUUACGCGGAUGCUUGUUAGGGCUAUGGAGAUGGGGGGUAUAGAGGGUCUUUUUCGUCAUGGAUGUAUCAAAGUGAUGAGCGUUUUGCGUGAAGAGGGAAGUAGUUUACUGGCACUCUUGGAGGCAUUUGUUCACGAUCCGCUGGUUUCUUGGUGGUGUGAUGAGGUGCAAAGUGGUGUAAACGGAAAUGUGGAUGAAACCUCUGCAGGGCCAAAUUCGGUGAGAGGAUCAUUACGAACCACAGACGAAGAUUACAGUGUGGGGAGUCUUCAGGCAACUCAACGGUCCGUGCAGCGUCGUGCGGGUACCCAAUGUGAGGAUAACCAAGGAGAUGAGGCUGCACUCCAGCAGACUCGAAAGGCUAAAAGUGUUGUGAAUCGCAUAAAGGAAAAAUUAGAGGGGUUCGACUUUCCCCAAGUUCGACAAAGUCGUGACGAUGAAGGUUUCACAGUGGAGGAGCAGGUUUCGAGACUGAUUGAGGAAGCCACUUCAAAUGAAAACUUGUGUGUUCAGUACUCUGGAUGGUGUCCUUUUUGGUGA